AUGAAUAAUAAAAUCUAAGAUGUUUGUGUUACUGCUCGCUCGAAACUUUUUAAUGAUCAAGAAUUUAAGGAAGUUGUCAAAACUUUUCAUGAGCUUAUCAUAUAAAUUAAUAAAAGUUGAAGUGAUUUUACAUAUUUAGGUUUCAAGAAAUAAAAGCGUAAAAAAUAACAUUAGCAGCAACCUUAACAAAUAUAAAAAAAAAAAUAGGUUGAAUUUAAAUAAUUUAAAAGAAAUUCUUACCAUAUCCAAAUUGCUUAUAAGUUAUAUGAAAGGUAUAAGAAAUAAAAUUCGAUUGAUGAAUUUGAUCCCGAUUGUCAUUCAAAAAAAAUUAGAAAUAAUAAUAAUGAAAUGGAAUUAGAAAAUCAAUAAACAGACUCUUCGAAAUAAUAACUUGAAAUAAAAUGA